GCGAGUCGCCGUCGUCGGAACCUCAGUGCGAGUUGGCCAGUGGUUGCGAGUGGUUGUGUGCAGUUGCACUCGGAUUUUUUGUUUUUUCUCAGAUAAAAAAAAUGGGUCAGCAUGUCUCCAGAACGGAUUUCGAGUGGUCGUACACCGCAGAGCCCCAUGCAUCGAGGAGAAAGGAGAUUCUGAAAAAGCACCCAGAGAUCAAGGAGCUCUUUGGAAACGAUGUGAAACUUGUGUGGUGGGUGUUUGCCCUGGUCACUUUCCAAUUAGCCUCCCUCUUCGUGGUGAGAGAGCUGUCAUGGUUCUGGGUCCUCAUCUUGUCCUAUUGCAUCGGAGGAACCAUCAACCAUUCGCUAAUGUUGGCAAUUCAUGAAAUAUCCCACAACCUCGCAUUCGGUCACUCACGACCAAUGGCCAACCGCAUUCUGGGGAUUUUUGCAAACCUUCCCAUUAUCCUCCCAUUUUCUGUGUCAUUUAAGGGCUACCAUCUGGAGCAUCACAAGUAUCAAGGUGAUGAAAAACUUGACACUGACAUUCCAACAAAUCUUGAAGCGCAACUGUUCUGCACAACCUUUGGAAAGAUGGUCUGGAUGUUCUUCCAGCCACUGUUCUAUGCCUUAAGACCCAUUGUAACAUACCCUAAAAACCCCACUACACUAGAAAUCAUCAAUACUACAGUUCAGCUGACCUUCAACUUCUGUCUGUUUUACUUCCUUGGUGGCAAGUGUCUGACAUAUUUGGCUGCGGGAUCCCUUUUGGCAAUGGGUAUCCAUCCCGUUGCUGGACAUUUCAUUUCAGAGCAUUAUAUGUUCAAGAAAGGCUUUGAAACCUACAGUUAUUAUGGCCCAUUGAAUUUAGUAACGUUCAAUGUAGGCUAUCAUAACGAGCAUCAUGACUUCCCCUACAUCCCAGGAAGUCGAUUGCCAAUGGUGAAGCAGAUUGCUCCAGAAUAUUAUGAUUCUUUGCCACAGCAUGAAUCUUGGGUGAAGGUUAUUUAUGACUUCAUAACUGAUCCGAACAUUGGUCCUUAUGCCCGAAUUAAAAGGAAGCAUGCUGGCUUGGAUAAGGAAGAAUAGGCUUCAACAAGAAAUGUUUUUUUCCUUUGUAUUUGUUCUUAUUAAAUGUGAUGUCUAUACUGAACCUUUUUUCAAGUUCUGUAUUCCAGUGGCAGUGAAGUAAGUAAACAUUGCCUUUUGAAAAAAUAUAACUUUGUGUGGAAAACUGUUGUAAAAAAAUUCAAGGACAUGAAAUGUAUUUGAUUUUUUUUCAUAUAUAUAUACAUAUAAAAAAAAUGGACAUGCUGCAUAUCUGUAGCAAUUGGUUGGUACUGUAGUACAAAAUAUUGCAUUAUGAAAACCUAGGAACAAAGAUGCUACUAAACUUCUAUGGGUUUGUACAGGUUUACAAACCUUAUCCAUUGCCAGUGCCAGAUAUAUGCAUAUUUUUUACAGUAGUACUACAAAGGAGAGAGAAUAGUUUAAAGGAUUUGUUUUAGUUUAUGAUAUGUAGAUGAGUUAUCUUAUGAUGUCAAUUCCUAAUUUUUAUUUGGUCAGAGUACUGACCCAUGUAAAUCCCAGUGCUUUUUGUAAAAGGUUUCCUGGGAGGAUUUGGGCUUUCUAGGUUGAUGCAGAUCAAUAGAUAGUGUUAAUAAUGAAAGAUGAUUAUUUCUAACAUGAACAGAUGUGAAUAUUGAACUUAUAGUUCUGACAUCAAGAUAAUAUUAUUUCAGAUUAUUUCACUAGAACUAGAUGAUGACAGAGGCUUAUACAGUAAAGGUAUAAAAUUAAUGAUCUUAAAUAUAUAUGGAACAAAAAUGAAUAUGUGAAGAUAUUUACAGGAAAAUAUACUUAUGAAGAAUGUGCUUGUGUAGUUCAUUAAUUCUUAUCAGUGUAUGAAUAACUUUCAAGUAAAUUUUAUGAUGGAUGGUCCAUCUGGCAUUUGUGAUUCAUCAGAAAUGAUGAAACCACGACAGACAGUGAAUCUCUCAUUUUGUUGAAAAGUGUGAGUGCUCCUUUUUAAGAUAUUGCGGUUACUCGUUAUCAAGCUACAGAAAGGGAAACUGAUUUGGGGAGAGUGAUCUCUAAGUAUGGUUGAUUAUUAUGUACUUUCAAGUUCAAGAGUAUGAAAGGGGCUACCUUGUUAAACAUGUAGGUUACAUUGGAAAUAUUAGAACAUUGCUGUUGAAAUAAAAUAACUUGGUUCUUACACUCCGACCAUAUAUUGAUAUUAAAUUGGUACAGUAUGUACCUAUCUAUAGCUUUAAGAUAUUCCUCUUGCCUAAUAACAUUUUCAUGCUUUCACACUUCAUUCACUGUGAUAAGUAGACUAAGACUGGUGUCACAUCAGUCCUCUCUUAUGGAAAGAAUAUAUAUUUGGCAUUGAAUACUCAAAGUAUUGAUUUUUUGUUGCAGAUCUCAAAUUUUGUUUUUGAAGUGGGAUACAAACUUCAGGCAUUUUUGAAGUUCAAAAAAUUGAGAGAGAUCCUUAUGGCUAGAUCUGUAUUGCUCUUUCAACAUAAGAGGUUUUAGUGAUGGGUCUUCCAUGGCUUAAGCCAUGUGUUUAUAGCACCAUGCUCGAAUAAUUUUGUGGUAGAUAUUAUCCAGAAAAUAGAAAUAAAUAAUAAUAAUAACUAGCCUUCAUUAAAAUAGCACUUGUCAAAAUAUGUCUUGCAGAUAUAGUUUUUAUAUUCAGAGAAAGGUGCUAAAGAUAAAGUCAUCUAAUUAGCAGAAAAGAAGUUUGGCCAGUGUAACAUUUCGUGUGAAUGUCUUACCUAGAUUUUUUUUCUGUUGUACUGUUUUCUUGCAUUUUCUUUUUUGACCUUGCAUUUUACACUUGCAAUUUGUGUUAAUGUAUGGGUUUUCUUUGUUAAAGAAAGACUACUAAGUAAGCUAAUAACUUUUGCAUUAAAAAUGUAUGCAGAAUUCUCAACUCUGAAUCCUCAAAAUUAUUUAAAGUAUUUAUGUACAGCUCUUUAACAAAUCUUUAUAUCUAUAUGUAACAGGUUACAAACUCAUUUUUAAAAGUUACUGCACAAAAUAAAUAGAUGGUGCAAGCAUCUAGAAACAUGAAAUGGUCUAAAAGAAUCUUUAAGUAUAUACUAGGUUUCUUAUAGUAGGGAUUUGCUAUUGUAAACCUCUUUUCUUUUGUCUUGUUACUGAAUUGAAGCAAUAAACAGGGCUUCUGGAAACUGUGAGAAUAUCCAAAUAUAAUUUAUUCAUUAAGAA